CAUUCUCCACUUCAAUGGAGGCACAGCCCAAAGAUCGGGCACGGGACAGUCGAAAUCAGCACCGCGGAGACGGCGCGAGCCCUCCUCGGUGGAGCGCUUGUGUAAAACAUGAUCAGAGCCACUUCCACCAGCGCCAGCAUCAGGAAACGAACCCGAAGAAAACAGGCAACAAAAAAGUAAGUGUCGGUGAAGAGGAGGUGGCAAAGAGUACGCAUUCGUUUGCUACUGUUGGAAUGCUGCAUCCCCCCAACAGCAAUGGAAACAGACACACAAGUAACACGAAUGUGAAGCAGAAGUCAACGCAACGGCUGUACUCAACGGCUCCAAAAGCGAGCAGCAAAGGACUAGACUACAAAAAGGCUAUAGAUGUUAAAAAUGAUGACUUGAAUUAUGGCGAGGAUAAGAAAGACUCUGUGUUGCUCCAAAAUGGUGUCGCACAAUGCGGCUUGAUUAUAAAUGGCUAUUCGUGCAAGGAAAAUGAUGGCAGCAGAGCCGAGGGCGGGUAUACCACGCCGAAGAAACGCAAGGCCAGAUGUAACAACUUGAGGAACACUGACAAUGCAAUGAGAGAAAACGACAUGCAGCAGGGCAACACUACACAGGAGCCCACAACUUUUAAUGCUGAAGUGACCGCAAAGGGAGGCACUUCUAGGUUUGACUGCUUAAAAGCCACACACAAAGCAGAGACUCAGUCAGCGCAAAGACUGGCGGCGGCCUAUGAGUCCUCAGUGGGGGAACCUCAGAGGAAGAACUCUGAUGGGAAAGCGCUUGGGAAAAAGACCGAGGAGCGGCACAAAGCCAAGGUUUGCGCACCUUCAAAAGAGGACUCGUGGACUUUGUUCAAGCCCCCUCCAGUGUUUCCUGUGGACAAUAGCAGUGCUAAAAUAGUUCCCAAGAUCAGUUAUGCAAGUAAAGUCAAAGAGAACCUCAAUAUAGUAGCUCAAGGUGGAGCAGAAGCACUGCCUCCACCUGUGAGACUGUCGCAAGUCCCCAUGUCCGCUAUGAAAACCAUCAUGUCAGCUAGCUUUACUAAUGGGCCAGUUUCUGCUAACGGCUGCUCAUCAGUGGGUACCUUCUUUGCUCCUGCUGCUUCGGGAAGUGGCGACAAUGUAGCAUCUCCUUUGGAAAGUAACUGUAGCUCUACAAGCAGCCCCAUUGAGGAUGAGGCGUAUGAACUGAGGAAGUGUUCUCUCUUAAUUUACCCUUUAAAUAUGCAACCCUUGCUCCCCAGUGCCCGGCACCUCAACCCGCCGGCUGCUCAGACAAAUCAGAAAGCCUUGGGAGCAAUCUUCCAGAAUAAAUGGGGUCUUUCGUUCAUUAAUGAUCCCAACUUGGGGCCGGAAGAGGGAAACGGGCCGGUGCCCGCAGAGGACAACGCAAGUGUGCGCCACUGUCAGGCCAAAGCUGGCCAGCCGUGCUUUGAGGAUGGCCCUUUCUUCUUGGAGCCCGGCACUUUGGUUCAAGACGCAGAGAACAGGACUUCAAUUAUUUUGCCUGCUUGUUCUAAUCAAUGCGUCCUGGCCGAGGAGGAGAACAGAGACAAGACUAGCGUAGAUUCUGCUUGUAAGGACAAUGGUGCUAAGCCUGCACAGGGCCACACAACCACUGUGUUGUUUGGCACAUCUAAAGAACAGGCCUUGUCUAAAGAUGUCUGCAGAAGGCGUAGCUGGGGGUCCUUCGACGUCAAAGCUGCUGUCACUUAUCACACUGAAGAAAUGGAAUACAUUUUCAGCUUGCAAAAACAACCAAGACCGGAACUAGGGCAAAGUGCGCUCAGGCUGAUUUUCCUCUUGACUCCAUCCAUCCAUUUUCUUUCCCGCUUAUCCUCACUAGGGUCGCGGGCUGCUGGAGCCUAUCCCAGCUAUCUUCAGGCGGGAGGCGGGGUACACCCUGAACCGGUCGCCAGCCAAUCGCAGUCCUCUCGACUCAUUUACUAUCAUAAGCUUGCCCAUGGGCCAUUUUCAUUUCUCCUUGCUCACUUUGUAACAGAGUGAGUAACCUCACCGAGGUGUGCGUGCAAUAAAGACGACCGCGUGUAGAUGAGUGACGUUAGUAGAAAUGGAUUAUUUUAUUCAAAAUGUUUUUGUGUGUGCUAGUGCACAUUGUUUGCUGCCUGGUGGAAUUCAGCUUUGUGCUGGGGAGAGCGUGAGGUUGUGUGUGUGUGGGGUCAUUCUGUGUGAGACGCGCCAUUGACUGCUUUUCCAUAGCUAAAGAACAAUAAUGAGUUUUCUUUCCUUGCCGAGUAUCUGUGCCUCCAUUCAGUGCACCGAUUGUGUUUAUGAAAUUGUGCAUACAGCUGCGACUGUGCAGCAAGGGAGAACACAGCCAUUGGACAAACAUGAGCAAAUUGUUUUGUGUUACGGUGCACAGAUUGAUAAGGCUAUUUGUUGAAUGAAGCACACACACACACAGCAAAAAACAAAAACAAAAACAUGAGAUAUCAGCGGCAUUAAAAGAAGAGGAAAGAAACAAUAUGUGAUUCAACUAUGACGUCAUGUCCAUUAUUGUGUUGCAGUGCAGUUUAAUUAUAGCUCAUGAGUAACGCCACAGUUGACCUUGAAUUGUGUCCUUGCCUGAGAAACGAGGCUGGCUCGCCGCUGUGUAUUUUACACCGGCCGAUAUUGUGACAAAUGACUUGAUAUCUCGCACAAAUGAGCUUUUAUUCGAUAUGAAGUGACGCAGGCUUUAACCCACGGUCACCUUUCACGUCUGCGCACGUGACGAAGGUCAUCCCACUCGUUGCCCGGAGGCGAUUCUUUUGAGAAUCGUGCCCUGUGGAAAAUGGUAACAGAUUAUUGUUGUAUCCUAAAAAUAGAAAGUGAAAGAAAAAGCACUCUCGGCUGAAGGUUACUGUCAAAGUGAACAUAAAACAAAGGGAAUUCCAUGUCGUUUUCUUAAAACAACUACAUAGCCUACGCUAGCUUAACGUAAUACUGUUAGCACCCAUAUGUAACCAAAUGAUUCACACCUCACACACAUUUGUUUGUUUUGUCUUUCCGCCGUGCGACUAUUUGCAUUGGCACAAGGUCAUGUGGUUAAUGCACAUUUGAGUUGUCACGGACUCCUAAUUGGUUUUUAAUCAGCAAUUAUUAGCGAAGGGAGUGUGUGCGCGGGCGCCGGUGAGAGAGUGCCCAUCAAUGUCACGUCAAUUUGCACGGCGCCCACCACAUUAGAGGUGCAUUCUGGGAGGCCGCCGCCACCUGAGUGCCUCAUCUCCACAGACACACACACACACACACACACACACACACACACACAAAGGCGUGCAGCCAUGGACUCCAUUACAUUUCCCUGUCAAAAAAAUGUUCCGCUGCCAAUGAGGAACAACCAUUACACGGCUGCGAGGGGAGAUAAUUUAGUGAUGCACAUAAAACCAAGUCCAUCGGACGUUGCUCAUUUCAAUGGGAUUCCUACAAUGGCGGCCUUGUGUGGACGCUUCCCGGCCAUUUUCAAGGUAUAAACGCAGCGGGAUUAUUUAGAAUGAUGUCCUAUAUAAAUCGCUGUCAUUUUCACCAAUACCUGUAAUUGCCAAUUAAGCACGCCGGCAUCUCUGAGCAGCUUUUAAUUACCGUUAAUAAAUGCUGAGACGUGUGUGUCCUGCAAUCAUGAAUAUGCAUUGCCACGGCGUCCUCAGAGCGCGUUUGACACGCUCGGAGGUGGAAACCGACCGCCUCUCCGUGACAACUCCGCCGACUGUGUCGCCAUCCCGACAGCGAUGUUGCUGUUUGCCAAAAAGCGGUCGGUCACAUUCGAACGCUAGUUUUCAGCCCGGCCCCGAGGCAUACACGGGCUAAAGACCUGCGUAGGGGCCCCGUGACCGCUAGGUCUGGAAAGAGAAUACAGUGGGUACGGUACGGUGGGCUUAGGGACCAGGCCGGAAUGCGAAUAGCGAAGAUCUGUGGGUAAUUGACAGCCAUUGUCAUUGCGUUGCCUUUUUGAAAAACAUUUUUUGAAUAAGCAGGGAUAAACCAUCAAUAAGUGUUUUCGGGCUUGGUUCCCUCCCACAAAAGAAAAAAAACAAAACAAAACAAAAAACAAAAAAAAGUAAAAAAAAAAGGGAAAAAAUAAGACAUUGUAAAAAAAAAAAAUGAAACCAAAACAAACAAAAAUGUGCUGAAACCGCAAGUAUGCGUGUGUCCACUGUCAAGGCAUUUUCACUCGUGGAGGCAUCACUUGAUCACCAAGCGUGACGUUUGUCUCCAUGUGAGCCUGUGCACAAGGACACCUCGCUGAACAUCUUCCCUCCAACCGUGACCACAAAGUGGCUGUGGAUCUUCGCCCAGCCGAGCUGCCAGGUCUUGUUGAAACUCAAGAGUGGUGAUGAUCGCCACGUGCCACCAGGGGGCGCAGUUCACUCCCGGCCAUCGACCGGCAGAAGAACGUGUGCAAUGGACCAUCGACCCCGCACUGGCAGGGGUCAGAUUGUGUGUGCAUCCAUUUGUCAUGACAAUAAAGAUGAUUCUCAUUUAUUACUCCAGGUACAUCUCAAUAAAAUUAGAAUACGGUAGACAAGUCCAUUUAGUUCUGUACUCAUACAUUCGAUAGAUUGGAAAAUACUUUUUCAGAGGGCACAUUCCUGCCCAAUUUCCUACUUGAGAAAUCCUUUUCAUUGCUUUUUUUGUGAUGUAAUAUUGCAGUUUUUACAGAUGGUGAAUUUUGGCUUUUUGUUUGCUGUAAGCUACAAUCAUCCAAAAUGAAUAAAAAGAAAUCAUGACAUAGGUCACUGACUGUGUAAUGGGUUUCGCUUUUUGAACUACUUGUGCUUUUGACACUAUUCUAAUUGAUUGAGAUGCACCUUGUAUAUAAAUUACAUUUUGUGACACAUCUUCAGAAAUAAGCAGACAACAACGAAAAAAAUCAAAGAAAGGUACUUUAAUUACCACUUGAUGGGCGGGAGGCACUCCAGACACACAGCUGUUUGUCAACAAGUAAUUAAACAGUCAAUUUUUACACAAUAUGCCCCCUUUAAAGCCUUUGUAGACCUCCAAGAGUCCCUCUUACAGAUCUUAAUGCCACUUUUAAUUGGCCGUUCAUUAAAAGCAGCCAGAGCGGAAAGGUCAACCGGGCAGGAUGGACAGCCACAGAAUUCUCUGUGCCCGGAACUCAUCGCACGUUAUUUCCUGCGUUCCGAUGAUUGCUCAUUGUUAUUAUGAAGAAUAAGCCAUCGGUAAAGACAACAGAUGGCGCACGUUAGCCUCGCGGUGCGUACAUCUGCCUCACAGUUCUGCGGUUCAGGGUUUGAAUCUCGUCUCAAGGCUCUAAAUUCUAAAAUCAUACGUUAGGUUCACUGAAGACUCAAGAAUUGUCCAUUUGUGGGAACGUGAGUGCGAUAGGUUGUUUGUUUAAAUCUGCCCUGCGAUUGGCUGGCGAUCGGCGCUCUUGCCUCGUGAACUGGGAUGGGCGCCGAGUCGGACAGAAAACAGAUGACGGAGCCCCCGCAGUUUGCAGGCAAAGGGACCGAGGCCUGCCUCAAAAUCGGAAAAAUCAGUGAGUCAUGGAUACCUUGCCUAUAAUUGCUUAUAGAUGCCUCAAGGUGGCAGCAAAGCACUAUUUCUUUGUCGAAAUGGAACUCCUCAAUUCACUUCAACGUAGUUCCCUGGCACAAAAAUGCCACAAGAUGGCGGCGAAGCAACAAUUGUAUUGCUUUGGUUUGGACUGAAUACAAACCCAGCGAAUGGGUGAGUUUUUCCAGUG